GGGCCAGUCUAUUUUGCAUCUCAAUUGGUGUUGUAGUUUGAACUAUUGACUAUUCUAACAUGUUUGGUACGGUAAUGGAUGCUUUGCAAGGUUUUGGGGUCACCAGCACCCACUAUCUGCAAACGAACUAUGAAAAUGCGCAGGGCUUGUUCCUUUGGGUGUCGUGGGCGGCCGAUUUAAGAAACACAUUUUUUAUUUUCUUUCCUCUUUGGAUUCACCUGCGUGCCUCUGUGGGCAUCAAACUCAUCUGGGUAGCGGUGAUAGGAGACUGGUUAAAUUUAGUGUUCAAAUGGAUUCUGUUUGGGGAAAGGCCGUACUGGUGGGUGCAUGAGGCGUCUUAUUAUGGCAGCAGUGUUCGGCCACAUAUUGAGCAGUAUCCAAUGACAUGUGAGACUGGCCCAGGUAGUCCAUCAGGCCACGCCAUGGGAGCAGCCGGGGUCUACUACACUUUGGUCACUUCCAUCUUGGCGAUUGUGACCAGCAAAAAGAAAAUUGGAAGCAAGAAACUCAAUAAAAAAGACUGGUACCUUAAGGUCAUUUUGUGGAGCAUCUUUUGGGGGGUCCAGGUGUGCGUGUGUCUGUCCAGGGUCUUCAUCGCCGCUCACUUUCCUCAUCAGGUCAUCGCUGGGGUCAUCACAGGCAUGAUUGUCGCCGAGGCCUUUAACCGCACGCAGUGGAUCUACAGCGCCAGUAUGAAACAGUACUUCUUCAUCACACUCUUCCUCACCUCCUUCGCUGUCGGCUUCUACAUCCUUCUCAAAUCUUUGGGCGUGGACCUCCUCUGGACCAUGGAAAAAGCCCAAAAAUGGUGCGUCCAUUCCGAGUGGGUUCACCUGGACACCACCCCCUUUGCCAGCCUGCUCCGAAACAUGGGCACGCUGUUUGGACUGGGGCUUGGUCUUCACUCUCCUUUAUACGUUGAAAGUAAGAAAAGUAGUAGCAUGGGGCAGAAGCUGGCUUGUAUCGCGAGCUCUUUGGUUUUGCUUCAUCUUUUCGACUCAUUCAAACCGCCCACCCACAUCGCACCCCUCUUCUACCUGCUCUCAUUCUGUAAGAGCGCUACUGUCCCGCUGGUGACUGUCAGUAUUGUCCCGUAUGUGGUGAACGGGGCGCUGAGUCUGCAGGGCAAGAAGAAGCUUUGAGAUGGGACACUCAAUAGACUUUAUUUCAUCAUUUGGACUAAAAGAAGAGAAGAAAACUAUUGAACGAUCACUGUUGUGUGUUGUAUUCAUGUGUUUCUGUGAUAUUAGUACUUUUAAGGACUAUACCUAAAACAUAAAAACUGUGUUCAUAAUGAAAUAUGUGAGCACUAUGUUGUAAUUGCAAAAUCAUCCAACCAUCACCUCAAACUCUAACAAGUGAACUCUGUGUUUCAUG